AUGGACGUUCAGAGGGUGACCAUCCAGCUGGUAGAGGAUGAAGAUGGAGAAACCGUGCAGGGCCCUGUCUGCUUCCGGGGCCAGUGCUACCGCUCCAUCCAGGAGAGCUGCCUGCAGGCGGGGGCCCUUUUCCUGGACCCCUGCUUCCCAGCCGGACCCGCUGCCCUGGGUUAUGACCAACUGGGGCCCAACUCCGAAGGCUAGGGUGUGGAGUGGCUGAGGCCUUAGGAGUUUUGCCAGAAUCCCCAAUUCAUCUGUGAAGACAUGGAUCGGACUGACGUGUGCCAGGGCAGCCUGGGUAACUGCUGGUUCCUGGCGGCCGCAGCCUCCCUCACCCUGUACCCGCGCCUCCUCCACCGGGUGGUGCCCCCCCGACAGAGCUUCCUGGGGUAUGCAGGAAUUUUUCACUUCCAGCUGUGGCAGUUCGGGCGCUGGGUGGACGUGGUGGUGGACGACCGACUGCCCGUUCGGGCCGGGAAGCUGCUCUUUGUUCGGUCAGCCCAGAGAGCCGAGUUCUGGGCCCCGCUGCUGGAGAAGGCCUACGCCAAGCUGCACGGCUCCUAUGAGGUGAUGCGCGGCGGCCACAUGAACGAGGCCUUUGUGGACUUCACGGGCGGGGUCGGGGAGGUCCUGUACCUGCAGCCGGACAUGACCGUUGUGUUCCCCGCUCUCCGGCACGCCCUGGCCAAGGAGUCCCUCGUGGGGGCCACUGCCCUGAGCGAUCGGGGAGAGAUCAGGACGGAGGAUGGGCUGGUGAGAGGCCACGCGUACUCCGUCACAGGCACCCACAAGGUGAGUCCUGGCCUGGGGAGAGGGGCAGGGCCGCUCCAAAAGUUCCCCCUUUUGUGAUCCCUCAGAUGUCCCUGGGGUUCACUAAAGGAAUGGGCCGGGCGUGGAAGCGACAACUGCCCUCGCUGGGCUGCUCUCCCAGAAGAAUGGCGAGAGACUCUGCUGGUGAAGAAGGAAGAUGGAGAAUUCUGGAUGGAACUGAAUGACUUUCUGAAGCACUUUAACACAGUCCAGAUCUGCUCCUUGAGCCCCGAGGUGCUGGGGCCAAAGCCCAAGGGGGGCGGCUGGCACGUGCACACCUUCCAGGGCCGCUGGGUGCGUGGCUUCAACGCCGGCGGGGGCCAGCCGGGCAGCGAGACCUUCUGGACAAACCCCCGGUUCACUGACCCUCAGGACCCUGAAAAGGAGGGCGAGCAGGGCGCCUGGGGGGGUAGGCACCCCAAGUGCACCGUGCUCCUCUCCCUGAUCCAGAGGAACCGGAGGCGGCUUCGAGCCCGGGGCGUCUCCUACCUCACUGUGGGCUUUCACGUUUUCAGGAUUCCAGAAGAGCUCCUGGACCUGCAGGACUCCCCCCAGCGCCGGGAGCUGCUGAGCGGCCUUCUGCGGGCCGACCGGUCCCCAUUCAGCAUCCGCCGGGACGUGAGCCGCCGCUGCCGCCUGGCACGGCACUACCUGGUGGUCCCCAGCACCGACGCGGGAGAGGAGGCCGACUUCACGCUGCGCAUCUUCACAGAGCGCCAGCACGCGGCCAUGGAAAUAGACAACGCUGUCAGUGCCGACCUUCAGGUGCUCAAGAACCCGUCGGCACCCCUGGAGUUUGAACUAGAACAGCUGUUUCAAGAGCUGGCUGGACAGGAAGAAGAGCUCGGGGUACACCAGCUGCAGGCCCUACUCAGCAUAGCUCUGGAGCCUGGAGACUGGGCCGGCCCCUGGACCCACCCGCCUGGAGAGAUCGGGCUCCGGACCUGUGAACACCUGAUACGCUGUUUCGGACAAGGAGGGCCCUGUUUGACACUGUCAGAAUUCCAGCAGCUGUGGUAUCGACUCCAAGAGUGGGAGGCCACAUUCAACAAGUUUGAUGCUGACAAAUCUGGGACCAUGAACGCCCAUGAGCUAAGGCUGGCACUCAAUUCGGCGGGCUUUCAGCUUAACAACCAACUGACCCAGCUGCUCACCAGCCGAUACCGGGACAGUCGCCUGCGGGUUGACCUCGACCGCUUCGUGUCGUGCGUGGUCCAGCUCACCUGCCUCUUCCGUCACUGCAGCCAGCAUCUCAGUGAGGGGGAAGAGCUCAUCUACAUGACUAAGAGACAGUGGAUGGAGCUGGCUACUUUUUCCUAGAACCUCUUCUUCUUGGAAGGGGACAAAGCCCAGUGAGAGAGGCACCAUGGCCUACUUCGACGGGGAAACCCUAAAAGAAAGCUCCAGAUUCAAAGUUCCUCUGCAGGCAGGACUGGAAUGCAGGCUAUAACCAAGAGGGUUGGCCAUGGCAAGCAUCCAGCCUUGGGGUUACCUAAACUUUGGGAACUUUCUGA